AACACGAAAAAAAUCAUAUCUUUUCCUUCCUUUUUCUCCUCUCCCUUCCCAACGAGACUCGGGCACGAUGAAAGUGAAAGUGAAACCAUCAAUUUUUAUGUUUGUACAAUUGUAGUAGGAAAAACUUAUCUCUCUCUCUCCUCGUUACUGCUGUUUGUUAACCCUAAAUUUUCUUUUCUCCGGUAAAAAUUCACAUAUAUCUUAUUCUUCAAUUGAAUUGAAUUGAAUUGGAAUGGCUACUCGUAGCAGUAGCCACCCGGAUCAAAGCUCCCCUUCUUUCUUCAAAGUCAUCCGUCACCCAUCCGCCGCUCAUCUGUCAUUGCCAAACGCUUUUGUGAGGAGAUAUCUCGAAAAGAUCCCUAAAAACCCGAUACUCGUGACUGCAACAGGAAACCAUUCAUGGAGGAUGAAGUUUGUUAAGAUUGGAGAAGAUUACUGUUUUGCCCAUGGAUGGGAGGACUUGGUCAACGAUGUGGGGUUGUGUAGUAGGGAUAUUGUUGUCUUUUGGCUCAUUGAUUCUUUCACUUUUCAUGUUACUUUUCUUGGUGCCAACGGAUGUGAAAAACAUGUUCCUGUUAUUAAAACCAAUGAUGUAGAUGAUGGCGAAUACCAUGAUAAGAAUCUUUGGUUUGAAAAGGUGUUUGGUCGGAAAUCUUUGGGAUAUUACAUGCCGUUGCCAGUCAAAUUUGUGAAGGCUGCUGGACUAGAACAUAAACAGCACGUAAAGUUGAAGGACCAUGAAGGAAGAGAGUGGCCAAUGGGGAUAAUUGUACAACGAUAUACGAGUCCUAAGUACGGCUUAUCAGCAGGAUGGGCAGUGUUCCGUAAGUAUCACAACUUAUCAGAAGGCGAUGUGGGCACAUUCACGUUCGACAAGCAACAAGGCGUAAUAAAGCUAACUCGAUUGUUCAAGAGCAAAAGACCAAUCAAACAAGAAACUCAAAUGGAAGAGGUGAACCGAAACAAUGGAACACACUCAUGUUACGGUUAUGGUAAUGGGAAUGUUAAGAUUGAAGAUGAGUGGUCGCCAACUGAGAAACCUUGCGGUGGGGGUUGUCAUGUGAAGGUUAAGACUGAGUCGGGUUCUAAGAUGGAAGUAGUGAAGAGAAAGAGGGGAGCGCCGCAGUUAAAGACGUAUGCAAAUGUUAAGAUUGAAGACGGAUGGGUUCAGGAAAUGGUGCCACCUGAGAAACCGAGUAGGGGUGUUGGUGUGGAGGUUAAUACUGAACCGGAGAUGGAGAGCAUGUUUCAAAUUAAGCGUGUUGUUUACUUCUAACCUGGAAUGGAGAUCAGUUGAUGGUGGUGUAGCGGUUUCCGUGAUGGUGUUCGUAGAUAGAAUACCACCAUGGAUCAUAUCCUAAUGUAGUUGAUCACUUUCUGUUGUAGCUUAAUUGUUUAUUGAAGAUCUUCUGUCUCUAAUUUAAAAUUUUUAAUACUACAUAAACCAACUACUUUAUGUAACAAACAAAAUGUUUUUUUUUCCAUCUCAUUCUAAAAUUUGUGUAACAAAAUGGAUGUUAUAUUCAUGUAUAUAUUAAACA